AUGCCAUCUCAGCAUCAGGACCAAGCUCGCACUAGCCCUAAGAAGAGGAAGACAAAGUGCAAAGCCGCGGACUCUGAUGGGCAAGAUGUCACGUCAACCAAGAAAUCGCGGGCUGAGGCUGAAGCAUCCAUCGCAUCGCAGCAGCCUACUCGGUGUUCGGGACGUCCUGGUGUAGGAACAGGAGGUAGAAUUAGUCAACUCAAGAUCAUUGGAGCACUCUUGGGUGCCCCAGCACAUACCAGCCAGCCCAAAGGCUCCACCUCCCUCGACUCUAGUAUCCCUACCAAUCCACUUGCUCCAGAACCGCCUCGCAAGGGUCACAGAGGCCAGAUGAAGAAGCCCCCUCCACCAUAUAGUGCCUCUGGCGAGCCAAUGGUUUCUGCGCCUUCGAGACCACAGGGCAAAAAAGCUACAGCGGCGAAGAACACUACUCUUGUUGCCUUGACUGUCAAGUCCAUGGAUUCUGCACCUUCAAGACCACGGGGAAAAAAAGCUACAGUGACGAAGGACACUACUCCCAUUGCCUCGACUGUCAAGCCCCCAAACCUCCAACCCAGUUUCAUACAUCCCAGGGAGAAGGAGGCUCUUUCAGCCAGUCUAGAUCUCACAGGACAUCUUCCUACUGCCGCUACUACCGCUGCAAACCAGUAUCUGGCACCCCCAGUACCUUCAAGGUCAACGUUGGCUGCACGUCAGCCUGAUGCUAACUCGGACUUAUUCCAGAACUUGGAACCUACCCUUCGGCCAGUCAACAAUGAACGUCUAGGUCAGCAUGGCCCACAAGAUUCAGGAGCUGAAAGCACGGAGACAUCUAGUGAGGGUGGCAAUGGAAAUACUGACGACAACAAUGACGACGAAGAUCACACGGACAAUGAAGUUGGCUGGGGAGCAGCGCAGGGGCAGGUGACUGAACAUCCUGGUUUCUCAAAAGAAGAUUUACCCUCUCAACCCCGUGUCGCCCGCACUCUUCCAAUCGACUUCAAUUUUCAAUAUUCACGCGACGAAGGUGAUAUUAACGCAGAAAGAUGUUUGGCAGAUGAUAUCUCUAGUACUGAUGAUACUGCAAUCAAGCCAGAUGAUGUCUUACAGCGCCACCACCAGAAAAAUGGACGCCCUCAACUUCCUGAUCCGCAAGUUCUUGAUCUCCUACGUCACACUGAGACAAAGUCUUCCAAGUCAAAGGACAUGAACGUCAAGACUGCAUCAGCAAAAGUGAAGGAAUCAGGUGAUGGGCCUAGAGCCACUCAACUAGGCUGGUAUGGUCCACGAUGGAAAAACUUCCUCGAGGUUACGAAGAGCAAGUGCCGUGCCCAACAUGCAAUAGAGAACCCAUUCCCGAAACUAGCGAAAGAUUUGACAGGUUCCAUCAACAAGAUUCUCAUGGCUUCGCUCAUUGAAUGGCUCGAGGGUGGUCAACAAGUUGAAGAGGGUGUUUGGCCUGAUCACAAGCACGAUAUGGCAAAACUGCUGUAUGAGGAUCUAUCAACGUGGCACUCGGACCUCAAGAAGAUCGUCGCCAGUAUUGUACCCUCCAUGUAUGACCUCAUACCUCCAUCUCAUGUCCCACCCCAACAACAUGCUGCCUGGGUUGAGGAAGCUGCCACGAAGUUGCUCAAAGACAGCAUUUUCUUACACAAUGGUGUAGACGACCAAGGGAAAACUGAAAACGCCUCUCAUCCUGUGCUCCGCGAGGCUGCUAUUUCUUUCUUUUAUACAGGGUCUUACCGUGUUGCUCGCAGGAGACCUGAGGUCUUCCAGAAGUCGUUACCGCUAGAGUGCUUGGCACUGGUCAAUUGUGUCCUCGACGGCUUUUCUAAGAACAGCAGUGGAAAAUCAUUUCCAAAGUUCAGCGCAAAGGAAUAUUCCUCUUUGUAUACUGCUAUGCUCGUUAAGCUGGAAACGAUCAUGGAUGACCCUUACCACAGACCAAAACUAGCGCGGCAACUUCGUUCCUGGGCUGCAGCUGGAUGGCAAGUAGUUUUUGUUUUCAAAGCAUUGCACGCUGAUGAAGUUCUCACAGGGCGGAGUCCUACAAAGUUGACGGCAAUGUGA